AUGGCUAACAACCACGCGCCGCCUAUAGGCGAGGACGCAUGGCUGAGCUUCAUCGAGGAGGAGAGUCGCAUCCAGGGGAGAGGCCUCAACGGCCGUGUCGAAAUUAUCGAGCGCUACAAACAGGCCAUCAACGCCGAGUUUGGCAGCGUCAAGUUAUGGACUGCCUACUGCGAGUACUUUUGGUCUCUGUACCUCGAGUGCUAUUCGCGCAACACUAACAGCCAGGGCCUGUCUCACGAAGAAAGAAUGGUCGCCCGCGAUCUCUUCUCUCUCGAUGCCGCCUUGAGCCUCUGGCAGCAAGGCUACGAGGCUACGCGGUACCGCCUGGGCGACAGCCAUGAGCUGUGGAACAAGUGGAUCUCUCUCGAGAUGGAGCUGCUGUCGACAUCGCGGACUAACGAAGGCCUGCGACGCAUCACCCAUCUCUUUCGAAACCGCCUCCUAACCCCGCACAAAACCUGGGAAGACACCUCCCAAAUGUUUUCUACAUUCCUGUCUGAGUACAACCGGCCCGCCUACGAGAGCACGAUGCGAGAGAUCACAACAUCCGCCCGAGACGCCCGCAAGAUCUGGGACGAACGGGAGGUGUUCGAGCUGAAGAUUCUGAACGCGCAGCACGAGGAGAAGACGGGAGAAGAGAAGGCCGCCAUACUCGAUUAUCUGGACUGGGAGAUGCGGCAGAACAAAAAGGGCGCGAGCAUGCAGGGGCUGCUGGUGGAAAUUUGUCUCGGCCUUUUUUCCCGUGCACUGACUGGCUUGUUCUCAAGGGAAGAAAGCGUCUGGACCGACUUUGUCGUCUGGGUGUCGUCUCUGCAUACCGUUGUGAGCACAGGCCAGGCUAGCAUCCCCGACCUGGGUCGCUUCCUACCGAACCUGCUCGACACCCUGCAGCGCGCCGUCUCCCACUGCCCAUGGUCUGGUACGCUCUGGGCACGCUACAUAUUGGCUGCCGAGGAAUCUGGCCUGUCUUACGAUAAUAUCGAGCGCAUCAAGCACGCUGCCACCGCCAGCGGUCAGCUCGACAGGGACGGCAUGACUGGGGUGAUUGACAUGUAUGCUGCCUGGUGCGGAUUUCUGAAGCGUCGGGCUAUGAACGCCAACGCGACGGAUGAGGAUUCCGACGUUGCCGAGAUAGGUUUGACAGCAGCCUUAGAGGACGUCGACAUCUGGGGGCAGCGCCUCUACGGCAAGGAUUACAAGGGCGACCCCAACUUUCGCCUGCAACGCAUCCAUCUUCAGUACCUCACCGAGACGGGGGGUGCUAUCGAGGUUGCCCGCCAGUUCUGGAAUGACCUGGCCAAGAAGGCCAUCUACGCAGACAGCUACAACUUCUGGCUGUCUUUCUACAUGUGGGAGAUGUCGAUCUUCUCAACGUACAAGGGACGAAGUGUCAGGAGUCCGACGCCAGCCAACAAGGCCUCCAAGCAGCCGCAUAUACCUAGCCUGGCCACGAAUGUGCUUGCUCGCGCUGUAAACCGGUCAACGAUCGACUGGCCCGAGAAGGUGUACGAGGUCUACCUGCAGCACUGCAACGAUUAUGAGCCACCAGAGACAGUGCGUCGCGCCAGCGAUACCGUUCACAAGGGCACGAAGAUGGUGGCGAAACGCAGACAGGAAGAGCAGGCAGCAGCCUAUGAGGCGCAGAUGGCACAGUACCAGGAGCAGAGCCAAGUAGCUGCCACCCAGGAGGCGACGCAGGACGGAGACGAUGCGUCUUCGAGGAAGAGAGUGCGCGACGACGACCCUGCCGAGGACGCCGAGGGAUCUAGCAAGCGCGUCAAGUCGGAGGCGGCAGCCGAGCAGCUGCGUCAGAAGCGAGAUCGGGAGAACACCUCGGUCUACGUGUCGAGUUUACCGAGUGACGCUACGAAGACCAAGGUUCGACAAUACUUCCGCGACUACGGCCACAUCAAGAAUAUCGACUACAAACACGAAGAAGACGGCAAGUCAGUCUUGUGUCUCAUCGAGUUCGACACACCCGACCAAGCACAAUCUGCACUCCUGAGGAACGGAAAAUAUUUUGGUCAGACUCAGAUCACGGUAGCCCCUGCCACGGGCGUUACCCUCUUCGUGACCAACUAUCCCCCACAUGCUGACGAGCGCUACAUCCGCAAUUUGUUCAAGGGGUGUGGCGAGAUCUUUUCGAUACGGUGGCCAAGCCUCAAGUUCAACACACACCGGCGCUUCUGUUACGUCUCCUUCCGCAACGCAGAGGCAGCCGCAAAAGCUACACAACUCGACGGCAAGGUAUUGGAGGGCAAGUUCAAGCUGGGGGCCAAGAUCUCUAACCCUGGCGCCAAAAAACAGCGUGAGGGUGCAAUUGAGGAAGGCCGGGAGGUUCACGUCACUAGCGUGCCACAAGAAGCCACCGAGACCGAUAUCAAGGCCUUGUUUGAGAAAUACGGAAAGGUGGAGCGUGUUCGCAUACUCUCAGACAUGGCUGGGAAAAGCCGAGGCAGCGCAUUCGUCGCUUUCGAGACGAAGGAGCAGGCCGAGACUGCGAUCCUGGAGCUGGACAAGAUCAAGUUCCAAACCCAAAUUCUGAAUGUGGAGAAGUCUAAGCCAGUCAACUUCAAGCCCGUCUCGAGAACCGGCGCAUUAGCAUCGCCGUCUCCUGCCCCGAGCGGUUCGCUUGAUGAGGAGGGUGAUGAGGCUAUGCCGGACCGUGAGGACGGCAAGGGCAGGUUAAACCAAGGCGACACGGGGCGGACAUUUGCAAUCAUGGGCGUCCCCGAUACGAUGAACGAUGCACGCGUGCGACUUCUAGUGGAGCCCCACGGACAGCUUUCGAAACUGACAUUGCGACCAGACCACGGGGGUGCAAUACUCGAGUUUGCUGACGCGGCAAUGGCCGGCAAGGCUCAGCUGUCGCUAGAUGGCUUGGAGGUUGAAGGGCGAAAGCUUAAGACGGGAUCUGUAGGCGCGCUGUUUCAGGAGAAGGGCGAGACACGGGUCGACCGUAUCGACCAGAAACCGCCAGCAUCCGCGGCGUCCUCGGGCAAGAAGACCACCAUGAUGCCGCCACCUUCGACUAUGAUUCGGCGACCGAUGCUGGGGGGCAAGACCAAAGGCAGGGGCGGCUUCACGGGCGUGAUCAACAAGGCUAGCAAGUCCAACGAAAAGAGCACGGGGUCCAAAGACACAGAGACUGAUCAGGACAAUGUGGUCCGGAAGGCAGCAACGGCUGAGAAUGGUGCGGCCGCUGGAAACUGA